CAUCUUCUUCUUCUUCAUAUUCCUCUUCUUAAUUAAGAGGCAGAGAAGGAAACCACAAAUAACAUCAACUACUACUUCAUCUACUCCUAUUCCUAUACAGAAAAAAAGACCAGUGAAGAAGAAGAAGAAGGAACUAUAUAUUAUCAUCCAUAUAUUUGUAAUUUAUAAUAAUUAAUAUAAAUUAAUUAAUCAAUGGGGAGGUCUCCAAUGAGCAGCGGGAGCGGGAGCAGCAGCAGCAGCUGCAGCGAGGAGAGUGGGGUGAAGAAAGGGCCCUGGACUCCCGAAGAAGACGACAAACUCAUCAACUAUAUCCAGAAGCACGGCCAUGGCAGCUGGAGAGCUCUUCCCAAGCUUGCUGGGCUUAAUCGCUGUGGAAAAAGCUGCAGGCUUCGCUGGACAAACUACCUAAGACCAGACAUCAAGAGGGGCAAAUUCUCCCAGGAUGAAGAGCAAACCAUUCUCAAUCUCCACGCCAUUCUUGGCAACAAAUGGUCGGCUAUUGCGACACACCUGCCGGGAAGGACAGACAACGAGAUCAAGAACUUCUGGAACACUCAUCUCAAGAAAAAGCUUAUCCAAAUGGGCUUCGACCCGAUGACUCACCGCCCCCGCACCGACUUCUUCUCCGCCCUCCCGCAGCUCCUCGCCCUCGCCACUCUCAUCGACGUGCCGCCGCCGCCGCCGCCGCUAAAUUGGCCAGAAUCCGACCCCGUCAACAUCGCGCGUCUAAACCACUUACUCCACUCCCUCCUCCAACCCUCGCCAUUUCCUCCUCCGCCGCCGCCGCCGCAUCAGCCCCUUGCUUUUUCCGACAUGGUCGCCGCCUCCACCGCCGCCGCCAAUUUCGCGCACCUCGAAACGACGGCGGCGGCGGCGGCGGCCGCCAUGGGAAUGGAGCAGCCGAUCGACGAGUUCUCGCAUCUGCCUGACUUACGAAGCGUCGGCGAUCGGAAUUCUGUGGAGGAUUUCGGCGGGGAGAGCUCCAUGUGGAUGGAGAAGAUUGAUUUACAGCAAUCGCCGCCGUCCGCCGCGGCGGAGGCGGCGGCGGCGCCUGCCGAGACGUCCAUCAGCACGGUCGGUACUUACGGCGGCGAUCAGAUUUGGGCUGAGCUUCUGGAUGAUCCUAUUUUCCAUGACAUUGCCUAA